AUGUUUUUGUCCACAUUUUCGCUUGCAACAUUGCGUGGAUCGGCAACAUGCGCAUCGCGCAGCUUGUUGAGGAACCGAAGGGGCCUAUUAACCCUUGCGAUUGAGACAUCAUGUGACGACACAUCGGUGUCUAUUGUCGAGAAGAAGAUCGAUAAUUCUACCGGAAGCAGAGCUAAGAUUCAUUUCCUCGAGAAUAUCACCGCGGAUUCACGGGCGCAUCGCGGCAUUCAUCCGAUCCUUGCCCUCGAGUCGCAUCAAGAGAACCUAGCAAGCCUCGUCGACAAGGCUUUGAAUAGUCUACCGGCGUCACAGAGUGAUGGAAAUACUAUAAAUCUCGCAGAUGGGUCAACGCGUCGCCGUCCGGACUUUAUCUCGGCCACUAGGGGCCCAGGCAUGCGAUCUAACCUGUCCGUCGGACUGGAUACAGGAAAAGCUCUCUCGGUGGCUUGGCAAAUCCCCAUGGUGGGCGUUCACCAUAUGCAGGCACAUUUGUUGACUCCACGUCUGGUUUCAUGCCUGAAGGAAGGCGAUGGCGCGCGUACCACUUCCCCUGAGUUCCCAUUUCUAUCCAUUCUAGUCUCGGGAGGUCAUUCGAUUUUGGUUCACUCGAAGUCUCUAACCGAUCAUAAAAUCAUGGCAUCAAGCAAUGAUAUUGCUAUUGGAGAAACUCUUGACAAGGCUGCACGCGAAAUCCUGCCUUCCGACUUAUUGCAGAGAGCAAAGACUACGAUGUACGGCAAAACCUUGGAGCAAUACGUCUUUCCAAAUGGCAAGGCCGACUUCGCUGACUACCGGCCGCCUAUGAAUCGAGGAGAGGAGGUGGUCAAAAAGCAGAGCCGGUGGGGUUGGAGUCUGACCACUCCCUUUGCCAAUACCCGGGCACUGCAGCUUAGUUUCUCGUCCGUGUCCAGCAUGGUCAACAAGAUUGUCAAGGACAAAGACGGGUCCAUGUCUGAAGAGGAGCGAGUCGAUCUGGGCCGGGAUGCAAUGCGCGUCUCGUUUGAACACCUUGCAUCCCGAACUAUCAUCGCGCUCGAGGCCCUGCGUUUGCAUAACACUGGCGAUGAUGAGAUCAAGACUCUUGUUGUCAGCGGCGGCGUUGCUGCCAACAAAUUCCUCAUGGCGGUCCUCCGGUCCUUCUUGGACGUGCGCGGGUUUGAGCAUAUCCAAAUCGUCGCGCCGCCCAUCUAUCUGUGCACUGACAAUGCAGCGAUGAUUGGAUGGGCAGGUAUUGAGAUGUUUGAAGCUGGCUGGCGGACUGAUAUGAGCUGUCGUGCUCUUCGCAAAUGGACCCUUGAUCCUCAAGCCGAUGAUGGCGGGAUCUUGGGGCCCAGUGGCUGGACUUCCAGCGAGAAAUCUCUCGAAUCUCUCUAA